UUUUUAAAUGCCACCCAACAUACAUAAUGACUUAUUGGAUGGUAAAUCAUUAACGGGUGUGCUAUCACUUGAUAAACAACCCCCUGUGAGAUAUAUUGAACAUGGACUAUUGGAUAUUGAAUCAUGUAUAGACGAUUCAUCUGUAUUAGGUCAACAUAUAAAAAAGAACAAGAAACCUAUAAAAAGAGAAGAUGUCUAUAUUGAAAAGAAAUUUAGACUAAAUCAAAAUGGAGUCAUCAUGCUUAGAAGAAGAGGAUUGACUUGUAAAGAAUUAUUUAAAUUAUUACCUCUAAGGACGACCGAUUCCAUAACAGAAUUGGAUAUCUCACGAAAUAAUCUGACAAUGUUACCAAAGGAGAUGUUUACUUAUUUGAAUCAAAUACAAGUGUUCAAUGCAGCAUCAAAUCAACUCAAGGAAAUAUCAACCGAAUUUUAUAAUCUAAAACAACUAAAGGUCCUCAACCUAUCACAAAAUCAGAUUACACAUAUACCAGCUGAAUUACCAAAGAAGACGCCCAACCUGAUCACAUUACGUAUCUCAGGCAACCAGAUCAGUCAAUUACCUUCUACUAUUCGCUAUUGGACUCAUCUAAAACAUUUACAUCUUGGUUCAGUCUAUGGUGGGAACCAAUUAAAGGAACUGCCUCCAACUAUCACCCGUAUGCAAACGUUAGAAGAUUUAGACUUAUCCCAUAACCAAUUGCGUCUAUUACCCGAUAACUUUUUCUUGUUCAGUUUAAUAUCUCUAAACUUGUCCCAUAAUCAAUUAGAUUAUAUACCAAAGUCAAUAGCCAGAUGUACUCGUUUGAAAUCACUCAACUUGUCCAAGAACCAUCUUACCUGUUUACCUUCCGACCUAAUGAACCUUCAUCAAUUAGAGCUAUUUGAUAUCAGUGAAAAUUUAUUGUGCAUCAUGCCUGCUGAAAUACUCGAAAGAUUAUCCUCAACCGCUUUACUUAUCACAGGCAACCCUUUGACUCGUCCUGGCCACUGUGACCUACAGCAAACGUCUCAAGACCCUUAUACAAAAAUAUUAUCUCAAAUGACUCAACGUGCCUUACCCCGGUCACCUGUUCAAUCGCCUGGUACCUCUCGACGACGCCUAGUGGACCCAUUGUGUGAAGUUCCAUCUUCCUCCACUUUAUCAUUAGAAUCCUUGCAACAGGAUGAUGAUGCAACGAUCGAUCAUGAACUCUCUUUUCACGCACGACAGCUUAAUAUCUCAAAGCCACAUUAUACCUCUCAAGAUAUCUCCCCCAUCUUGCUAGAUACCCCCGGCGCUUUGCCUUCCGAAACCCAGCUGCUGCCUUCUCUUCGUGAGCUGGCCGCUCGUACGAUCAUUUCCGAGGCAGUAGCUAUACCAUUUGAUCUCUUGCCUGAUCAUCUGGCUCAAGACCUUCGAUUUACCAAAUCCUGCUCUCAUUGCUCAAGGCCCUUUGUGAACGAGUGGGUUACCUCUGUACAGGUCAAGAGUUUUGCCGGACAUCCUGCCGUUGUCAGAAGAGUUCGGUUUUGUUCUUUAGAAUGUUGGAAGCUUUGUAUGCCUCCUGAAACGAAAUCGGUUAUCUGUGUGCAUAAAUGAUAUAGUAAUAAACCCUAUUUAUUCUCUCUUUCUCUCUGUACGUGCUUUAUAUAUGGAAAGCCAGUGUGACACAUUGG